ACGAGGUCCAGCUGUCCUAAGCUGUCAUCCUGCCUCCAGGACGAGAUCCAGCUGGUGGUGUCGGGCACGGCGGUGCGGCUGGCGGACGCGCGCGAGCCCGAGCGGCGGCUGGGCACCGGCGACGCUGAUGACGACAUCUUCGGACGAAUUGAUUACAGCUCGGCGAAACUUGAACCAUGUCCAUUUAUCCUAAUAAGCCUCCUGCCUCCAGGACGAGAUCCAGCUAGUAGUAUCGGGCACAGCAGUGGAUUUUUGGGACUAUUCUUGAGAUCCGACUAUAGUCUGGUUCGGGAGCACGUAGAAUUUUGUCCAAUAAGACGAGGUCCAGCUGUCCUAAGCUGUCAUCCUGUCCCCCAGGACGAGAUCCAGCUGGUGGUGUCGGGCACGGCGGUGCGGCUGGCGGACGCGCGCGAGCCCGAGCGGCGGCUGGGCACCGGCGACGCUGACGACGACAUCUUCGCGCUGGACGAGGAGCAGCUGGCUAGAGCGCCGGUCGAGCCGGUGGAUGAGAAGAUGGCUAAUGGACAGACGCCCACCACAGUAUCUCUGACGUCAGUGUGCACCAUAAGUGGCGCGCGCGCCGUUAGACGCGUGUGUGCGUUGCGACUACUCUUCGUAAGAGAAACCACUACUGUGCGGGAGCUGGGAGGACUUAGCGGAUUCCUACACACGUUUACUUGUGAGGUGCUAGCCAUAGCGCGAGCCUACACGGCGGCGCUGGGCGGGAACGCGCUCACCUCGUUCUACAUCACGCAGCUCAUGCUGCAAGACAACGCGCACAAAAACCAGGGUCAAUGUCUUCUAUCAGUGGGAGGCGAUGUGGUGCAUAUUACGUACUAGGCAUAGCGAAUUAUGACAUAUCUAAUGAUGGCAACCGGCUGUACGCAUGUCAAAAUGCGCCUGAGCAUUAAAAGUGCAAUGAAAAUUGCACUUUAUGCCGACAUCUUUAGGACCGUAUUUGCUUGAGGCAAGUAGCAUUAGAUACGCGCAAUCUAAGAUGUGAUAUCCAACCCAUUGCUAUCAUAAGUCAUAAAGAGAGACUGUUUAAACUGUGUAAGAAAACAAAUCGUCGAAAUGUUCGCUUUUUCAUAUUUUAAUACUUAAAGUUUUCAUAUUUGGUGUAUUAAAUAUCUUGGCCUGAUUAGCCAAUGAAGUACUUUAAAAAGAAAUCGUAUAAACGUCAUAAGAUUUCUGGUCAAAUCCAAAAGAUAUAUUUAUGUUAUAAUGUUGUUCCAAAAUUAUUAGAAAAUGAUUGUUGUAUAUUUGUAAGUUUUGUUUUAUGUAAUCAUUGAGUCAGAGACAAACUUGAUGGCAUAUCAAGCUGAACAUUAAGGCCGAGUUGCACCAUCUUACAAACGUCAAAAAUCUGUCAAACUAUACAAAAAACACUGGAUAAUGUUAUAGUCACCGUUGAAGUCAAUAGGUGCAACUCAGCCUAAUUCUUAUGUACUUAUAAUUAGGUGUUAUUUUGCAACGAAAAUGAUCACCUGAUGUGCUGACCUGUAUGCUACAAACUUCAAAGAGUCAUUAUUAAAAGUAGUUACUAACCAAACCAUGACAAAUUGGCAACUUACGAUUUUAUUUAUCAAUUAUAUUUUUAUCACAAUUUAUUAAAAAUAAGUUUUACGUAUGCUCUCCAAAAGUUAAAGUUUGUGUUCAUUUCUUGCCAUAAAUGUUAUGUGAGUCUGUUAAUAUAUUUCUAUACUAUCGUGUGAUUAUUUCUAUAUUAAACCCACAGGUACAUAAUUAUACAGAUUUUUCACCGGAAAUAUAAGAUUUUUAGAUUACAUUUUUUUUAUAAGUAGUGUCCGAAGAAAUAAUCUUACUAUGCCUAUAAUAUUUUAAUGAAACUGGUACUAAAUAGCAUAAGUCUUGCCUUUCUUUGUGAUUAAUUCACGUUUUUUUAAAGACAUUAAUUUGUAGACCACUCCUUUUGUAUUAAUAAAUAACCUAUCUAUCUAAAACUGAUAAAUUUUGAAACUGUAUUUUAACUGUUUUUGUGUUGUUCCUUAGCGACUAAAUAAUAAUUUAAAACAAAAUACUUUGAUAUUGAUAUAAGUAUACAUUUUUACUAUGGCAAAACCCAAAAUUAAAGAAAACUGUAUAUAAAUUAUUAAUUACAUAUAUUCUAAUCGCUUAAAAAUUUACAUGUAGGUAAAGUAAAAUUUUCAAAAAAGCUUGUAUUUUGUAUGGAACGUUGUAUAUUAUUUUUACUGUCGUAGCUCAAUGGUUAGUGUAUAUAAUACGGUGCUAUGUCUACAUUAUCAACUUGUAUAUACAAUUUAUUGAUCUAUCUUUCUGAUACCAAUGCAUGUCAUUAGUUAUGUAUACUUCUGUUCUUUUUAAUAGAUUUUACAAUUACAAUAAAUAAAUACCGAGUUUCAAAAUACAGUAAAGUAGGUCAAUUAAAAGGCACACAAAAUGUCAAGCUAUAAUUUGAAAAUAACAAUCGAUAUUCUACUAGAAGUAUCCCAAUGUAUUGUGAAAUAUUUACCCUUACUCUAAGCUAUAUAAUGAACAUCUUGUGGUAGUUUGAUGCAAACUUAGAUUUAUUAAAGCCUUAUUAUUAUCUAUGUCUGCAAAAUAAUAAAUUUAGCAACUUUUUGAUAUUUAUUUAAACAAACAGUCAAUCUUUUCAUUACAGCAAAAUCAAGAUUUAAGAACAAGAAAAGAUUACAUAGUGUUGUUGUAAUCCUGUUUAUAUUAUAAAAAAUGUAUUUAUCGUGUUCUUACUGAUUUUAGAUAAAAUACAGUGUGUUUGGGAUAGGGCUAGAGAUAAUUUACGGCGAUGUUGUGAUGUCAAUAUUAUCGUCAAAAAUGCCCCCAUAUUAUGUGGGCCCACCGGGGCUUAAUUUUUUAUGUGACUACAUAAAAAUUGUUAGUAUUAUGUGCCCGUCUUACAAAUAAAUAAUACAUUGCAUUUGUAAGCCAAUAAUAUGUGUCAUUAAAUAGACACAAGAAUGAAAAAUAAUGACCAUAAAACUUUAAAAAAAUGAAUUUUAGUUUUUGUCAAAAAAAUCAGUUUUGACGGGCACGUUUUUGGGGGUACUUUUGUCGAUAAACUUGACAUAAAAACAUCGCCUUAAAUUAUCGCUAGCCCUAUCCCAAACACACUGUAUGUGUACCUAUGCGAAAUGACAAAAUUAUAUCUCUCUUUAUUCUAUAACAAAAAAUUAACUGUUAGCGCAAUUUGUAUGUUUUUAUGGUAUUUUCGAUGACAAGUGUGUUAUAGAAUGAAAAUAUACUGUGAGAAACUUU